UGUAAAUGAUUAGAGCUGAAUAGGCUCUCCUUGCCACUUAAUGCACAGCCCAUUCAUUCAAACAAAACUUUGGGAAUUGACUUUACGCACCCAAACUCGCGUGAAUGAGGAUAUGCGCAGCUCAGAUUUCUACUCGGUUUUCUGAAUGUUAGUUCAGGGAUUCCUUACAAGGACUUGGGGAGUCAUGCCCUGCGUGUAGGCUAAGCAUCCGGACCCUGAAGCACAUCUGAAAUUUCCGUCAAAGCCACUCUGCGAUAUUGUAGUUCCUCGGGGAAAUGGGAACUGAGGCCAGGUUCAUAUUCUUAGCCUACAACAUGUAGAAUCGGGUUUGUUUUCAACUAACUUCACGCGUCUUCAUGCUCUUCCGUUAGCAGUAGUUUCAAUUGUUUUCUGUAUGCAACAGAAGACGAUGCCCUGCAUAUUUUUAUACGAGUUUAGCUAUGAUCGCCUCACAGGUAGAUAGAAUUGUCUAUCGAACAAAAGCCAUGGUCUCCGUACUCUGCUGUUCUGUCAUCAGCUCGUUUUGUCUCGCAUCCCUUGUGUGUCCACGAUAUCCCUGAUGUUUGGCAAAGGCAGAAGCUGUAAUAUUUCCUCCGUUGCGGAGCGGGGACCUGCAGAGAUUAAUAUUGCCGUUUUGGGAGUCACUGGAUCCGGAAAGUCAGCGCUGAUCGUCAAGUUCCUCACCAGGCGCUUCAUCACGGAGUAUGAUCCGAACUUGGAGGACACCUAUACCUCGGAGGAGAUGGUGGACCAGCAGCCGGUCCUCAUUAAGGUCAUGGACACUGCUGACCAGGACGGGCCCGUGAACUGCGAGCGCUACCUGGGCUGGGCGAACGCCUACCUGGUGGUGUACAGCAUCGGCGACCGCAGCAGCUUCCAGGGCUGCCAGUCGUACCUGGAGACCCUGAGCCAGAACGCCAAGGGAGGACACCAGGAGGCUCCGGUGCUACUGCUGGGCAACAAGCUGGAUAUGGACAGAUACAGGCAGGUGAGUAAGUGUGAGGGCGCUUCGCUGGCCGCGCGUUUUGGCUGCCUCUUCUUCGAGGUGUCUGCCUGUCUGGACUUCCUCUCUGUGCAGCACAUCUUCCACGAGGCCGUGCGGGAAGUGAGGCGCGAGUCCGAGCGCUCACUUCCUGUCCGCCCGCUCUUCAUCAGCGAGGACCGCCCCCUCCUCGGCCUUUCCUCCCAGACACAGGUAGCCCCACCCUGCUUUAAGGAAAUGCCCACCCCUGCCACGGCCAAGCUGGUAACGGUGAAGUCCUCCAGGGCCCAGAGCAAACGGCGAGCCCCCACACUCACCCUGCUCAAGGGCUUCAAGAUCUUCUGACUGACUCUAUACUGACCCCUAGUGGAGACAGAGGUGCCACGCUCACCCUGCUCAAGGGCUUCAAGAUCUUCUGACUGACUCUAUACUGACCCCUAGUGGAGACACAGAGCUGCCACGCUCACCCUGCUCAAGGGCUUCAAGAUCUUCUGACUGACUCUAUACUGACCCCUAGUGGACACACAGAGCUGCCACGCUCACCCUGCUCAAGGGCUUCAAGAUCUUCUGACUGACUCUAUACUGACCCCUAGUGGAGACACAGAGCUGCCACGCUCACCCUGCUCAAGGGCUUCAAGAUCUUCUGACUGACUAUACUGACCCCUAGUGGACACACAGAGCUGCCACUCUCAUUCUGUUCAAGGGGUUCAAGCUCUACGAGAAGGGUCUGGUCGCAUCUAGCACAGUGGAUCUACACACAUGCGCUGAUCUUCUUGCUUAGCUAAUAGCUGAAACUAGUUUAGUUAGUUUAGUAGCUGGUGUGUGUUGUGUUGUAUUUUAUACAGUCUGUGGUCAGUCAGUUUCAGUCAGUUGUGUCCUGAAUUUAUUUAAAAAAAAAAGAAAAACAAUUCAGAGGGGAUUAUAGCUGCGAUUACGACCACAUUUGACAAUGGUGGGACAAAUAUCUGUUGGUCCCUGACUUUUCCUGAAACUGUAAUUGUCAGACUCCAAUGAUUUGAAAAGUUUCAACUCCUGCGCUGUAUAGGCGGACAAAGGUUGCCCAUCGGAUAAAAAGUUUAAGAACCACUGGUCCAGAUAAUGUAAACACAGAUCAUCAGAUCUGUCUGAGCGAUCCUUUUGUGGUAGGCUAGGUUAUGUGCUAUAGUUUGCCAUGAACUGAGGAGUUGUUAACUCUGACUAUCCUUCGCUUUCACAUGAUAUAUGAACAUAUACUGUAAGAAUUUGUUUUUAAAGGUUGACAAGUCAUUGAAUCCAAACAAUUAUAGCUAAAAAACAAAGUCUGCACAUGCCUGGGUAACCAGUUUGUAACGCUGUCGAGCGAUUCGUUAAACCAAGUAUUUUCAUCCUUUCUCUAAAGGACAAUUAAAAGUUAGUGUAAGCUAUUAGCUAAGUAGAACAUCAGCGCGAGCGUAAGUUAAAUAGAAGAACAUCCGCGCAUGCGUGAGUUAGCUGGUAGAUCCGCUGUGGUAGAUCGGUGGUGGGAGAACGGUUGCUGUAUGUCUGCGGCUCUGCAGCCAAAUACUAGUGGGAUCUUCUGACUGACUGAUUGACUAAACACUGCCCCCUGUUGGAUAAACAGAGCAAACCCUGGGGGCCCCCACACUCACCCUGCUCAAGGGCUUCAAGAUCUUCUGACUGACUCUAUACUGACCCCUAGUGGACACACAGACCCACUACAUUCUCCCUGCUCAAGGACUUCAAGAUCAAACACCGGGCCCCCACCCUCACAUUGCUCAAGAGCUUCAUGAUCUUCUGACUGACUGACGGACGAAAUGCCUGCAUACUGACUGCGUACCCCUGGUGAUCAAAUGGAGUGAAGGCUAAUCCCCCACACACCCUGCUCAAGGACUUCAGGGUCUUCUGAUUUACUGUGUUCUGACUGACUGCACACUGCCCCCAGGUGGACACACUGAGACGGUGCAUCUAGAGGAGUUUUCAGGGGAGAUGUCUGCUGUCUGCUGUUUGUGUGAACCAGGGCCUGCAUGUUCUGUCAGCACAGUACUGAAUGAACUCACUAAAUGAAUGAGACAGAGAGAGAGAGAGAGAGAGAGAGAGAGAGAGAGAGAGAGAGAGAGAGAGAGAGAGAGAGAGAGAGAGAGAGAGAGAGAGAGAGAGAGAGAGAUUUGGACAGAAAUUUCAGUGGCGCGCCAGUAUGGACAGAAUCAACAGUUGCUCUUGAGGACUUCUUCCAGUGGGACAAAAUGGACACUAUUCUCCAGGGAAAUAACAUUCACCACAGCAUAUGGAAAAGAAAUACGAUGUUUCGCACAAAUAGCCACUACCUAACCCCUCCAAAGGGAUCCUGCUGCAAUGCACUAGUUUCCCACCAGAACUUUGGAAUGACAGGGCCCUCUAGAGGGUAACAUUUACAACUACAGUUACCUAUUGUGCACAUGCACAUUAGUAAUGUGUGAUUCAGAUGAUCACAUUCAAUUGAAAUACACCCACUACAUGUCACCUCAACAUAGUCCAUACCAUUUCAUGUCAAUUCUUUGUUUAUUUGUUUUGUUGACUAUCUGUCACAAAAGAGUCCAAGACUAGAAAUCACAGAUGGUUUUACACACCAUUUAGUCUUGUUUGUUUUAUUUUCUUUAUUAAAAGGGGUUGUAGCAGGGAUGCUACAGAGUCUGAGUGUAGAAGACAAUAACAGUAAUAAAGUCAUGUAUACAGUGCUGUUCUAGGAUAAGCACAAAGUGCUUUACAAUGGGGACAAAGAAAGAUUAAAGGCUGAUGAAGGAGGACCAGUAAAGACAAUAACAGAUGACUACUGUAAAAUAUGCUGGUGUGAUCAAUGAUUUUACACUCUAGAGUCUAGAGUGAGUCUUAAGACAUCAUACAUUUAUUAGACCCUGUACAGGAGUCCCUACCCAUCAGGAAUAAAUGAUUUUAAAUA